GUUGACCCCUGAUCACGUCUCCACUGCUUCGAGAAAUUCCAUCGAAGGGCCGCCAUCCUUCCGAUCCAUCCUCCCACACAGAGUCACGUCCUCCCAGCUUCACCUCCAAACCUCCGUCUCUCCCUUCCUAGAAGCUGACCGCCGUCACCCGGACCUCACCUGCCCUUGCUCUGGCUGGCUUGAUCUCCUACUCUAGACGCCCUGCCAGAACAACCGGGCACACCCUUCCACCCUCCAAGGUCGCACGAUUGCACUUCACAACCUGCUUGUUUACUCCUUGACAACACCCCUACCAUCUCCCUCUGCUGACCACACAACUGCCCGCUCGUCCGUCCGUCGUCCCAUACAUAAACCAAGCUCCCUCCCACGGCCGCGCCCACUCGCAACUCACGAUGUCGAACCCUACCCCAGCCCAGGAAGAAUUCAACGCGCUGCUAGCAGCAAACUCUCGUGACGAGAGCAGAGUACACCCGGAGGAUCGUGACUACGACCGCCGCCAGCAAGGAAGCCUCGAUCUCGACGAGGACGAGAUCUAUCGCAACUCCCAAAUUGACGCCGCCAUGCGCAUGCCCACUCUUGGCCACGCCGGCUCCGAUCUGAAGCUACCCCCGGCCAGCUUCGAUGCAGGCCGCACGACUGGUGUGAAGGGCGUCAUCGCCGAUGCCCGCAACUACGAGAACGCCCGCAAGACCUCCUUCAUGAGCCGCGCGCGCACGACGGUGCGGCGCUCCAUCUUUGGCUUGGACGGUCUCAACUCUCAGUCUCACGCAUCACACAAGAGCGAGAGCGAGACGGAUGAGGGCAACGGCAGCGACUCGGACGACAGCUUCAUGCAACAGUGGCGCGAGAGCCGCCGGAGAGAGCUCGAGAGCGAGUCCAGCAAGGUCAUCAGGAACCGGAGAACAAGUCCUAGUGUGCGAAUCUACGGACGUAUGGAUGUGGUGGACGCCUUGGGCUAUCUUGACGCCAUCGAGAAGGUUGCGCGGGAUACUGUCGUUGUCGUCUUUGUUUAUGACCCAGAGUGCGAUGUAUCUGCGACGAUAGAACACGCCAUGAUGCCGCUCGUAUCGCAGCACUCGACAGUACACUUCGUCAAGGUCCAUUACCUUGAUAUCGAGUUUGAUAACGCUGCUGUGCCGGCAAUCUUGGCAUACCGCAACCAGGGUGACAUGAUUGCCAACCUGACCGGCAUUAUCGAAAUGAUCCCCGACGACGAGAUCUUUGGCACCGACACGCUGGCCCGGCUUUUCCACAAGCACGACAUCCUGUGAGACAUGGACGCAACUGGAACAGCACAAAAACAAAGAUAAAAAACACAACCCCAUCUCUUCUGUUACGAUACCCCCCAUUUGCAGCGCGUCAUGCAUCGCGGACAUGACGACCCCCCCCUUUUUCCUUUCCUUUCCUUUUCUUUUCUUUUUCAUUGCUUCUUGGGCUACCAUCUUCAACGCUUGGUCUCUGGUGGGCGGAACGGAGUUUUUAUGGGAUGUUCUAGUCAUGUUCGUGAUAGACGGUUAUUCACAUCGGUGUCUUUAAUUACGAGAAGAGAUUCAUGUCUGGUAUGGCAGUUUAUCACGCAGGAGACGUCUUGGCAUGAGAAUAUCUAGGGUCUAGGAGAGUAUAAUGUAAGAUUAUGCGGCACUUGCAGACUGUAUGGUUUGGAUUACGAUCUUUGCAACGCCCUGCAGAAUAUCAAGCCUCAUGUAGACUUGUUUCUAUGUUCCAUA